AUGAUAUGUGAUAAGUCCAACGAGAAUUUUGAUUCUCAAGAAGAUGCUGAUAUUGAAGAAACCCAUGAUGGUUCUGCUACAGAAACAAGAUUUAGAUAUAUAUCUUUUGGUGAUGCAAUUAAAAUCAUUGUAACAUCCAGAGAUAGACAAGUGCUUAAGAAUGGAGAAGCUGACACAAUACAUGAGGUAAAGCAGUUAAAUGAGAAUGAUUCUCUUCAACUCUUUUCUACAUUUGCAUUUAAAUUGUUGAAUCUCACUUCUAAUGUCCAAGAUCUAUCGAACAUGUUUUUUUGGUACGCCCAAGGUAGUCCACUUGCUCUUAAAGUUUUGGGUUCUAAACUAUGUACAAAGUCUAGAAAAGAGUGGGAAAGCGAGGUGGACAAGCUCAAGGAUUAUGCAAAACCAAAGAUUUCACAGAUUUUGAUGAGUUGGAUGAGCAAGAGCAGAAUAUAUUUCUUGGCAUUGGCAUGCGUCUUGAAAGGGGAAUCCAAGAAAGAAUACAAGGGUGCAAUGUGUGGAAUUAGCGAUUUGCUAGAUAAGUGUCUAAAUGAAGUGGAUUCCAAUGGGGUGAUUUGUAUGCAUGAUAUGCUUGAAGAGAUGGGAAAAGACAUUGUUCGCCGAGAAUCUAAAGAUCCUGGAGAGCGCAGUAGGUUAUGGAGUCUUAAAGACAUGAUCCAAGUGCUCAAAUAUAAUAAAUGGAGAUCCCUAUUAGGAGCAAUUAACUGUGCAAAUUUGGUUGAACUACCUUGCCUCAACCAUUUGGCUUCUCUUGAAAAGCUUGGCCUUUCUGACUGCAAGAGUCUAGUGGAGAUUCCUAAUCUAUCAGGAGCCAUCAACCUUCAAAUCCUUUGCUGCAAUGGGUGUGGAAGUUUGGUUGAACUACCUUCCCUCAACCAGUUGGUAUCUCUUGAAAGCCUUGACCUUUCUUAUUGCAAGAAUUUACGGAAGAUUCCUAAUCCAUUCGGAGCCAUCAACCUUAAAUCACUUAAGUGCAAUUACUGUAUAAGUUUGGUUGAACUACCUUGCCUCAACCAUUUGGCAUCUCUUAAAGGGCUUGGGCUGGAGGAAUGUCAUAAUCUUAAGAAGUUUCCUGAUCUCCCAAAUAAUUUCUCUGAGUUAGAUUUAAGGUACACUGAAAUAGAACAAGUGUCGGAUUCGAUUCAGCAUCUUAUCGGACUUAGAAAGUUGAGUUUGAGUCACUCCAGGGUGGAAAAUGUAUCGAGCAAUAUUUCAAAGUUGGAAUCCCUUAACGUUUUGGAACUUGAGGAGUGCGAAAGGCUUAAAACACUCAGAGCUUCCACGAUUUCUGCGGUGCUUGAAUGCAAAUUAUUGCACAUCAUUGGAGAAAGAUAUGAUGUUCCUGCAAAUGAGUUUGAGCAUCGAAGCAUCGAUCCUCGGUUAAAUUUAGACAUAGCCCCAAAUGCGUGUAGUGGGAGCAGAUUCUUGGCAUUUGCUUUAUGCUUUUUCGCUCUUCCCCUGAUUGAAGACUCAGAUGUUGGAUUUAUAUGUAAAUACCAACUAACGGCUGCCAGUGGUGAAAAGUUCAUGAGAGAGAGUCGCGUUUCUUGGAGAUGGGACAGGGACUACGAAGGUCAUAUGUUCAUUGUGUUUAAUAAGGAUAUGAUUAUAAGAGACAAUGAUUAUGGGAAGGCAUCAUUUGAGUUCUACAUCGAAGAUCAACUUGGUAGACAAUAUACACCGGUGGUGUGGUAUGUUCAUGUAUUUUAUGUGGAUGCAGAGAGUUAUAGCCUUAGUGAUGUGAUGAGUUGUGAUACAAGAAGUAGAUUUAGAGGUGAAGACACGCGCCUUAACUUCACCAGCCAUCUCCUCAAAGCUCUGAAAGACACCGGCAUGAACAUCUUCUUUGAUGAAGAUAAACUGGAGAAAGGGGAGCAGCUUUCACAGGCACUUUUCCAAGCAAUAGCAGCCUCAAAUCUCUCAAUAGUCGUCUUGUCUGUCGACUAUGCUUCUUCCAAAUCAGCUUAG